UUUACAGUCUGUACAGUAGAAAAAUGAUCUUCUUAUUAAUGACCUUGGUUGUUCUUGGUCAACUGGUCAGUGCUGAUCAAAAACAACAAUUGGCUUUGUCUUCGGCCUUGUCAAAUUUCUCUCAGAGACUUUACCAGAAGGUAUCUGUGGACAUGCCCAAUGUCGUCUACUCACCUUAUAGCAUCCAUUCGGCUUUAAAUAUGGUGUCUUUAGGAGCAAGGGGAGACACUGCAACAGAGAUAAAGAACACACUCGGUAUUGCUUCCCUUGGAAACUCGGUCCACGAAACCUAUAAGGAGCUAAUAAAACAGAUGAACUCAGUUACAGAUGUUGAGAUGACCACCACAAACGCCCUCUUUCUAAAACCUUACAUCCAACAUGGUCCAGACUUUAUUCCAGACUCCAUGGGAUAUUAUUCUGCCCACAUCGCCAGCAUACAAUUCCCCCACCUUGCAGGUCCUGAGAAACUAAUCAACGGCUAUAUCGCAGCUCGGACUAAAAAUAAAAUCAAUAAUCUUCUUCGACCAGGUACACAGGAGCUCCUUUCAUUUAGCACUGAUAGUGUAGAGAUGAUGACCGAUGACAGAAAUGUCAACAUAAAAAGAGAUGAUGUCAGCAAGGUGGAUGUUGCUGAACUCCCCUUUAAAGGAGGUAGAUUUAGCUUGUAUAUUGCUCUGCCGCGUGCAGUAAAUGGUAUCACUGACCUAGAGCAGCUUCUAGUCCAACCAGAUCAAGCGGACCAACUGUUCACCGGACUCACCUCUGUCGGAGCUCGAUUAGUUAUCCCUAAAUUCAAGACGGAGACUAUGCUCAAUCUGAACACUCCUCUAAAGGAAAUGGGCAUUACGCAAGCAUUUAAUCCAAGCUCAGCCAACUUUUCGGGAAUAACACCAGCUCGAAUCUUCAUCAGCGAGGUUCUGCAGAAAGUUCUCAUCGAAGUCGAAGAAAUAGGAGCCGUGGUUUCUGCUGCGGCUGCCAUGAAAGUGAUGAGGUUGUCUUCAGGACCUCUCCAUCUUAAAGAAAAUUUCAUCGCUGACCACUCUUUUGUCUAUUUCCUAAGAGAUAAUCAAACUGGACAGAUUCUCUUGCAAGGGAAAUUUACAGGUUGAAACUUC